AUGGAGGAUGCAGAGACUUUGUCCGAGGAAUACUCGAAAGCCCUACUCCCCAACACAAUAAUACAACUGAUAAUGGCUGCCCUUGGAGUAUUUGGAAAUUGCCUGGUUCUUCUGAUGUAUACUAAAUACGUUGAAGACAACAAAGGCUCCCGAUAUUUCAUACCAGUUCUGGCUUUAGUAGAUCUGAUCGGAACGGCAUCUAACGUCACUGGAUUUUAUGUGAAUGACAACAUGCGCUACACUUACGGCAGUGAAUUUUUGUGUAUAAUGUUCCAUUUUUCAAUUGUGCUGACCGGAGGAUUUUCGGCUCAUCUGACCUUCGCUAUAUCACUACAGAGAUACUUAAUGAUAUGCCGUCCGUUUGGUCAGCAACUGUCAAACCAAAUGCGCAGAGUUGUCAUCUUGAUUAUCUUUUUGAUUUCCAUAGGAUAUGCAACGCCGGUUAUUAAAUUUGAUAAAAUAUAUACUAGCUCAUCAACUGGCAACUUCUCCACCUGUGCGACUAACAUGGAUACCUACAGACCCAACGGUAUUGUGCAAUACCUUGGAAUUUUAUUAUUCUUUUCUGUCAUUAACAUUUUUGUCACGUCCGUUCUUUAUAUUCCUGUGAUAAAAACUAUUUAUAGAAGACGCUUGCAUGUUAGUUGCAAUCAGCAAAGUAAUGUUCUAGAUGGCAACAUUAAUACUUCAUGCAGAGAAUUACAAACAUUUGGUGUUGGAGAAAUUGCAGGUCUGAAAAAUUCAGUAGAUACAAAUGAUGAAAACAAUAAAACCUCCAAAAAGGACAGAGAGAGUAGAAAGAAUAUUAGCGUCAUGUAUCUCGUCAUUAUUAUUGUCUACGUAGUUUCGAAUGUGACGUCACUAGUUAUACACAUCUACUACUUCACAAAAACGGAGGAAAUUAAAGGGUACAAGCGGAAUAUUUACUUUCUUUUUAUGCGUUUUCAACUGGUCAAUCACAUUGCUAAUCCAUAUAUUUACUGGUAUUAUGACCGAAUGUUUAGAAAGGAACUUCGAAGGUUUUGCUGCGAUAAAAUUCUGAAAAAGUGA